UGUCGGCCUUGGCGGUGUCGGUGUAGGGUUGGCCGCCGACGCCUCCUCGUCUUGCCGUCCUGAUAUUUUAGUAUUUAUUUUGUUCUAGCUCGAAAUAGCUGUCGAUUUUAAGUAAUCGAUUCAUCCUCUUUUGUGACAUGUAUUUUAUGUGAGACUUGACAAUCAAGACAACCAUGGAGGUUGCAAUGGACGACGUGGCCUCGCUCAGAGCCGAAAUCGAGAGGCUGACGAGAGAACUCGAUGAAGCCAGCAGUGACAAGAUCCAGUCAGCUCAGUAUGGUCUUGCACUGUUAGAAGAGAAGGAGGCACUUUCCAAACGAUGUGAAGAACUCGAGGCAGCAUAUGAAAACUCCAAACAUGAUCUCAUUAUCACUAGAGAGGCUCUGGCCAAGUUCCAGACCAGCCAUGAGCAGUCCACCCGCUCAGGCAUUGAGCAGGAGGAGAGCAUGCUGUCUGAGUCGCACGCCCGCGAGACAUCGCUCAACUCCCAGAUCCUGGAGCUGGAGAUGGAUGCUCGCCAGGCUCGCCAGGAGGUGUCCCGCCUGCUCGCCGAGAAGGAGGCCGCCCAGCGCGAGCUGCACGACCUCGGCAAGGACCGCGACCUCACCAGUCUGGAGCGGCGCAACCUGCGCUCCGAGCUGAAGGACCUCAAGUACCGCGAGACGCGCCUGCUGCAGGACUACUCGGAGCUCGAGGAGGAGAACAUCACCCUGCAGAAGCAGGUGUCGGCGCUCCGCAGCUCACAGGUGGAGUUUGAGUCUGCCAAGCACGAGGCUCGCCGGCUGCUGGAGGAGGUGGACGUGCUCAACGGACAGGUGGAGGAGCAGACGGCGCUCAAACGGAUCGCCGAGAAACAGAUGGAGGAGGCGCUCGAGGCGCUCCAGGGCGAGCGUGAGGCCAAGUACGCACUGAAGCGGGAGCUGGACAAGCGGAUCAACUCCGAGUCGAUGCUGAACCUGAGCAACCUGGCGCUCUCCACCCUGAGAAUGGGCGAGCCUCAGACGGAGAGCGAGGGCGAGGACGACCAGCCGGCGCUGAAGCGGCUCGAGGCCGACAUCAUUGACUCGAGCGCCGAUAAACAGCAGAAGCCGGCCGGCCACGUGGGCGACCUGUUCUCAGAGAUCCACCUCAACGAGCUGCGCAAGCUCGAGAAACAGCUCGAACAGGCGGACGCCGAGAAGGCUCAGCUGACCCGCAGUCUGCGGGACAACCAGGAGAGCCUGGAGCGGGCGCGGGCCGACCUGGAGUCGCAGCGCGCGCACGCCGCCCAGCUGGUGGCCCACGUGGAGGCGCUGAUGGCACUGCACGAGGAGGAGGAGGGCGACAGCCUGCCGCCGACCGUCGGCGCCGCGCCUCCCUCACCGGAGCUGGCAAAGGUCGAACAGGUGCUGGACAAGCACCGCCAGCGCCACCAGCUGGCCAUGCUGGAGAUCAGCCGACUGCAGACUGACAUCAGGGACAUGCAGGCCUCAGAGUGCAACUCGUCCGAGGCCGUCGUCACGCUCAGGAACGAGGUCUCCUCGCUGCGGAGUCGCCUGUCGGAGUCGGAGUCGAAGGUGUCGGACCUGCAGUCGGACCUGUCCCUGCUGAGUCAGCUGACGGCGCUGACCCAGGCCACGCUGGGCAGCAGCCAGGAGGAGCUGAUGGGUGUCAGCGAGGAGCUGGCACAGCUCUACCACCAGGUCUGCCUGGCCAACGGACAGACGCCGCACCGCGUCAUGCUCGAGCACAUGCAGAACGUCAAAAACCUCGGCGAGAGCAGCCCCAGCCGAGAGGGCUCGCCGCAGAACUCGUUUGCGCCCACCAAGUUCGAGCAGCUGAUGAGCUCACUGAAGGUGGCCAAGCCACUCAAGGAAGGCGAGGCGGCCGACCCCACCCAGGUCGCCAAGCAGAUGGAGACCAUCACGGACCAGGUCAAGUACCUGCGCCGCGCCGUCGAGCACGCUAUGGAGGCCAGCAAGCAGACUGGCACCGGGCCGCGCGCCGCCGCCACAGACGGAGACGGGGACGGCGACCAGCUCCAGGUCGAGGAGCUUCAGGAACAGGUGAUCAAGCUCAAGUCGCUGCUGUCGACCAAGCGAGAGCAGAUCGCCACCCUGCGCACCGUGCUCAAGGCCAACAAGCAGACGGCCGAGGUGGCGCUGGCCAACCUCAAGUCCAAGUACGUCAACGAGAAGACCAUCGUCAGCGAGACCAUGAUGAAGCUGCGCAACGAGCUGCGGCUGCUCAAGGAGGACGCCGCCACAUUCUCCAGUCUGCGGGCCAUGUUCGCCGCCCGCUGCGAGGAGUACGUCACUCAGGUGGACGAGCUGCAGCGCCAGGUGGCCAGCAGCGAGGAGGAAAAGAAGACGCUCAACAGCCUCCUCCGCAUGGCCAUCCAGCAGAAGCUGACGCUCACCCAGAAACUGGAGGAUCUGGAACUGGACAGGGAGAGGCGGCCGGCGCGCGCCGGCGGAGGACAGGACAACAGCUGGCGUCGUUUCGGCGGCGGCGACCGGGGCCGCUCGCGGGGCGGUCAGUCCCGCGGCGGCGGCCGAUUCCCGCAGGCGGGCGGCUACGGGCGGCGGGACCCCUGACCCGCGUGUGCCCAGAUGUAGUCCGUCCCCGGCCCGGCCCGACCCGGUCUCCCGUGCUCUCUGCCGGGCCUGCCGGCCGAUCGGUGGGCCGGUCUGUGUACUUAACCGCGGUAAGUGAGCGCCUACGGGUCAGCGCGGCGCUUUCGAGGGAUCAAGUGAAUACCAAAGGCAGCUGGGCGCGCGCGGCGCGGCCGACCGCCUCCGAUGCAAUACUGGCUGAGUCUCGUGUUGGUGUGUCGGUGCGGCGCACACUGCCGUCUCGUGCAGCCAGUGUCCGUUCUGUGGACGGCCGGCCUGCCUCUGUGGUGGUGUGUGUGUGUGUCUGUUACGGUCUGACGUCCCCUCGUUGUUGUGUCUGAGCCGGGGAGCGGUCCCCGGGCGCCCGGCCCCGUCCGCCGCGCCCGGGUCGUGUGUACAAAGUGGAUGGCAGUGCGGGCCGUGCCAAACCGUCCAAGCGCUCAGCGGGGCGCCGGGGCGGCCGGGGGCGUCGGCAGGCGCCGCCAAUCCCGUGUGUUCGACUGGCAGCGCAGUGUCUGAACGAAUGAGCUAACCGCGCCCGCAGCCUCGUAUUUAUUGCAUGCCGGUGACGGCUUGGUUGACGGUGGCUCUAGGCAUCUACUGGUUUUUUUAUGCGCUCGUGGAUCGCAGCUCACCACAGCUGUCCCGCAAUCAGGCAGCUGGCAAUCUGUUUUAUAUUUAUCUUUUAGAUGCGCCUCUGUGCUCUGUGUUUACAUAAUAUGAGACAAUCAUGUCAGACAUAAGUUGACAAUAUAAUGUAACUGAUAUACGUGUAGCAUAACAGCGCUUUAAUAAAGUAUGUCAAAAUACUUAAUCC